AGGGCUUUUUCAUGGUCUCUAACAUUCGGCAAAAGGAUUGUUGGAGUCUUUCUCACAAUCCAUACAUACAAAUACAUGGUAUUAUUGAUAGAUAACAAUUUUAGAAAAUUACAAACAUAAUAAAAUUAUAUAAUAACAAAAAAAAAAAAAAAAAAAAGAUAAACUAAAUUUUGCCUCAAUAGCUGUCUACAUGUCCGAUGCGUGUCUAACAUGGCCAUGUUUAUUUGAAAUGGAGGGUUUCUUAUAUAGAUAACUAGGUGGAGCUAAUAUUCCAUUUCUUCUAAUGACAAGUUGCUUGAGUGUAUAUGAAAUCCAGUUAAGAGUCAUCCUACAUAGAUUAAUUGCAUUUAGCUGAUCAGAUGAAAAGCUAUCUACAAUAAGGCCAAGCUGGAAGUUAACUAAAGUCAACGCCCGUUACAAACUGACAGUAUUCUUGCUUCAUCAUGGAAAACAAUGAAUUUCUGGGUUCAUCAAAGCAGGAUUCCCCUGAAGAACUUCCAUCUCUUUUCCAGAAUAUAACAUCCCAUUCAGUGCCCGGCUUCGAUAAUAUUGGAAACAGUGGUGGCCUGAAUUAUCCAUAUCAGCCAACUGUGACUCCAACAAACAAUCCUUCACCCAAUCAUACAUCAGUUAAAGUAACAGAAGCAUCAGCCUUUCCAAGCUGUGCAUAUUCAUCAAUGGACUGCUUACCCAAGUCAUCACUGCAAGCAAUCGAUCCACAUCGAUUACAUUCUAUCUCCAUAAGCAUGCCUUCUUCUCCUGCUGGACUUCAAUUAGAAGGAACCAAAAGAGGUCUCUUCAGCGACAAAGGUGGAACUAAUUUCAACCAUGAGACCACACACCUUCAGGAAAACUCUUCUGUUUCUAACACGCGGCAGCCAAAGCAGGCAAAGUUCCAUUCUCAACCCAUACCUGCAGGCCAUGCAUAUGCUAAGGCAGUUACAGAGGUAAAGCUUCCUCCGAAUCCUUUGGAACAACCGCAGAUGAAUUUGAGGAAUAAUCGGGCUAAGGACAAAUGCUACGACUCUUUCAAGACAUGGUCAGGAAGACUUGAGAGGCAGCUCUCAAACUUAAGUAGAAAGCACCAGGAAGCAGAAGCAGAGAUUAACAGUACACAGAUUGCUGAAAUUGAGGUUUUACCAGUAGAUCGCUACUAUGAUGCCUUAGAAGGGCCUGAAUUGGAUACUCUCAGGACUUCAGAGGAGUUGGUGCUGCCAGAAGACAAGCAGUGGCCAUUCCUUCUGCGUUUUCCAAUGUCUUCAUUUGGUAUCUGCCUUGGCUUUAACAGCCAAGCCAUCCUUUGGAAAACACUAGCCAUAUCUCCAGCCACAAGAUUUCUACACAUAAGCCCGACCAUCAACCUCGUCCUCUGGUGCAUCUCUGUUGUUGUGAUGGCCAUUAUCUCCUCCAUCUACUCUUUGAAAUUAGUCUUCUACUUUGAAGCAGUUCGCCGUGAGUACCACCACCCUAUCCGAGUCAACUUCUUCUUUGCCCCAUGGAUUGCCUUCCUGCUCUUAGCACUUGGGGUGCCACCAGUGGUCACUGAAAACCUCCCAGCCACUCUUUGGUAUGUGCUCAUGGCGCCAAUCUUAUUUCUGGAACUUAAAAUCUACGGGCAAUGGAUGUUGGGAGGCCAAAGAAGGCUUUCAAAGGUUGCGAAUCCAUCAAAUCAUCUGUCAAUUGUUGGUAAUUUUGUGGGAGCUUUGUUGGGUACAUCCCUGGGGCUAAAAGAAGGGCCCAUUUUCUUCUUCGCAGUUGGGUUGGCCCAUUACACUGUGCUAUUUGUAACUCUAUACCAGAGGCUUCCGACAAAUGAGACACUCCCAAAGGAGCUCCAUCCAGUGUUCUUUUUUUUUGUUGCAGCACCCAGUGUAGCUUCUAUGUCAUGGGCAACGAUUCAAGGGGGCUUUGAUUAUGGGGCAAGGAUAGCCUACUUCAUUGCCCUAUUCCUUUAUGUUUCUCUUGCUGUUCGUGUUAAUUUCUUCCGAGGCUUCAGGUUCUCGUUGGCAUGGUGGGCAUAUACUUUUCCCAUGACGGCGGCUUCCAUCGCGACCAUCAAAUACUCAAAUGCAGUCAAGAAUCCGUUAACUCAAUCACUGUCCAUUGUUCUCUCUGCCAUAUCUACCCUCACAGUAACAGCUCUGCUCGUCUCCACUAUUGUUCAUGCCUUCGUACUCCGGAACCUCUUUCCCAAUGAUAUUACCAUUGCAAUUACAGGGAGAAGGCCUAAGGGAAGUAAGAAACGUUCACAUCUGCGAACCACGAGUUCAGAUGCUAAAGAUAUUGAAACUUCUGAUGAGAUGAGUAUGCAAGGAUUCUGAUUGGCCUUUGGGUUUCAUUUUCAUUCUAGAUUUAGGGAAGCUCGUGCUAUUCUCCUUCACAUGAUGUUUGAUGCAGUUGUUUGUGUGAGCAAAAAAUCGGUUAUCUGUCAGUGACUCAGUUACCAAAGCAAGCAUACGAUUUUAUUCUCCUAAAUAUGGUUUUUGAAGUUUGGCAAUUUAGCCCAUCUUGAAAUAUCUGCAGUUGGGAGAUGAAGGUGCAUUGUAGGAUUUUCAAGAGCUCUUGAUGAGAUCAUUGCUGCCUUGGAAAUUGGCUUAAAAGGCCACUGCUUUCUAGCAUGGUUGGUUAGUGGAGGUUGUGAGUUGUAUUGCCAACGUGGAGAGUGGUGGUGGUUUGUGUUUUCGAAAUAAAUCUCAAAUUCAUAUGUUAGGCAUUUUCAUGUGCAGAGUUUGUUUUGAAAAUGGUUGAUCUUUCAGUCAAUGAUGAAGGAAACAAGCAAUUGAAAUGGGAAAGAAAAGCACUAGAAGAACCGUGAACAGAAUGCGAUCCCAUAGAAAGUAAUCCUGCACCUCCAUCUCUUUAUUAGUUUGAAUGUUUAUUCAGCUGAUGGUCCACCUGUUUCAUGGAACAAACAUAUGGACAUCCGGUACAGAAAGAAAAAGAGCGGCAGGCAGUGGAUAAACUAUAUAGCCUCUGAAGCGAAUGUGGAUUAUGAAUAUCUAGUUUUGAUCUGCAAGCCACUUCAAGCAAGUAGCAAAGAUUAUUAAAGAAGGAUAUCCAGGAAGUCCACUUACAGAUUUAGGCAGCAAAGGCGAGGGGAUUCUCUUGUUACCGA